AUGGCGUUGAAAGCAAUUACAUUAAUUGGCAUCGUUUUCUUGUCCGAGCCUGGUUUUGCAUGGACCCUGGUGAUGUCCUGGGCUAACAAAUAUCGUGCACUCUCUGCUUUCAAGAGAAAUCCCUUCAAGAACAAUGCUCCUGUGAACGAGAACUCUCUGAUCUGGAAUAUGUACCGACUGAGUCUGACUCGAAUGAGGUCCCUACAGGCCCACUCCACUCACUGGCGCGCAACCUGCAGCUACCCGACCCAUGGCGUUGAUUUCACAGACUACGUCCGCAGUAACUUCAAAGACUUCAACAUUGUCGACUUUAUUGGGGCUGGUCAGUGUAAGAAGGUGGAGUUUGUGAAUAUCCGGGGGCACAUGGGUAUUCAUCUCACCGCAAGGUUUUGGCAGGGCACUAGUUACAUGUUGCACAUCGACAGCAGCCAUUCCGGCUGUAACUUCGACCCGCGGUCCGGCUCAGUGUCCGGUGAAGAUAACUUUGGUCAUCACUAUGUCAUUAAUCCCAAGUUCCGUUGCACAGCAAGUGAUCUUUCCACCACCCAGUGGUGGUUUGGCGCCCAUCUGUGACCAGCAAACGAGGCUCUCAGCAUACAAAUAUUCAUUCUGCAGACUAAAUUUAGGAAAUAACACUGUAGUCUUUUGAAGAUUCUUCAAUAAAGCCUGAGGUAUUAAAGAACUGGG